AUGCCAUACAGUACAUGCACGCUGUUGCAGGCUUUCCUGGAUGUACUGACUCAGUCGAUUAUUCCUCUUACCCGCGGAGGUGUCUCGUCCGGUUCUAAGGUGUUCGGAGCAGCAGUCUUGCGUUCGAAGGAUCUAUCCUUGGUGGUCGCAGAGACUAAUGACGAAGCAUCUUGCCCCCUCUGGCACGGAGAGGUUAACUGUAUCCGGAAGUUUUACGAAAUACCUCGGGAGAAGAGAGGUGUUGGGUCCGACGAGUGCAUUUUUCUGAGUACUCACGAGCCUUGUGCCUUGGCUUGGUCUGGCUUCCAUCACAUAUACUUCCUAUUUUCCUACGACGACACCCGGGACACUUUCGCUAUCCCGCAUGAUAUCGAUAUCCUGACCUCUGUCUUCCACGCUCCAACUUCGUCGCCCGUCCCCUCCGAUGACUUGUAUAACCGGCAAAACAAGUUUUUCAGCGUCUACUCGAUUGAAGGGCUUAUGGGGCAAUUGACCGACGACGAUGCCAAACAGGAUUUGCGUACCCAGAUAAAGAGCGUGAAGCAGGAAUACAAUGUUCUGGCUGAGAACUAUGCCCGAGGAAAGGGAGAGAAGGAAAUACCACUUGCUUGA